AUGUCAUUCCAAAAGCCUGAAAAGGAUCAUGGGGACGGGCCAAAAAUUCAUAAAAUACGUAUCACUCUUACAUCCCGUAAGGUCAAAUCGCUGGAGAAAGUCUGUCAAGAGUUGAUAGACCGCGCAAAAUCCAAAGACCUGCGCGUUAAGGGUCCUGUGCGCCUUCCCACAAGGAGCUUGAAAAUCUCAACAAGGAAGACGCCCUGUGGUGAGGGAUCGAAGACUUGGGACAUGUACGAGAUGAGGAUACACAAGCGUUUAAUCGAUCUCAAUGCUCCAACUGAGGUUGUUAAGCAGAUUAUCAUCAACAUUGAGGCGGGUGUCGAAGUUGAGGUCACCAUUGCCGCUUAG